AUGUAUGAAGCCCGUUACAAUUCAGCAAACCACAGGAUCAUCUUGGAAGCCGGAACCAAAAGAUCGACAUUUACCUUCAAAGAGCGAAACCAUGAAUCAGCACUCAUCCUGACACGAUACUAUGAUAGUCAUAAAGAGCUUGAGUAUACAGAAAUGGAGGUCCACUCUCCUUACAUCCAAGAAGCUCUUCGGACCGUCAUCAAGAAGUACCCGGGCCUCACCUUUGACAAUGCAAAGAUUGUUAUCCGGGACGAACCCAGGUGCAUUUUUCAUUAUAGAAAUGAAAUUCGGGAUUAUGGAAUGGGCCUUGUCAACCAAACGGCGGUACAGCACCUUGUAUUCUUCCUCAACUACAUGUACGAUUCAUUGACUCGCGAGAUAUCGGCCUACUACGCCUUUAUGGAGUCGCCAACAUGCGCUCCAGGCAUCGAGCAUGAUCUUCUAUGGAUGGCCUUCAAACCCGGGGAGUUGAUCUACCACAUGAAAGACGGCAUCCACAUAGUUAUGAAGUUCACUUCCAUGAGGAGAACGCACCCCUCAAGGUGGUUGCUGAAUGCGGAGGCGAUUACGUACAAUGGAGAUGUCUUCGGCUACACCGAGCAUUUCCUGUCUGUUCCUUGGUACGAUGGCUACGAACCUCUUGAAGAGCUCAGCGUCUUUCCCCUCCGUCACCAUUCAAAUAAGGAAGAGAUACAAGAAGCGCUAGUCGCUAGAGGCCGAAAGUACGUCAAUUUGAGGAAUACCUGUCAGCGAUAUUAUUCAGGGAUUGCAGAGUCCCUCUCGCGAUUUCGACCGAAUUCCGGACGGGAGGAGAGUGAUCACUACAGCAUCCAGUCUACUAUGAUCAAGGGACCUGAAAUCGACUAUGAUACCAGGGCCUUUAAAUCACUGGUUCUUGCGGAAGGCCAGAAAAGGAUGAUACUGUCACUUGUCAAGGUCCAUUCACAAAACGAGCUUCAAUUCGACGACCUUAUCAAAGGGAAAGGAAAGGGUAUCAUUUUCCUACUCCACGGCGAACCUGGAGUUGGGAAAACGCUGACGGCAGAAAGCAUUGCUGUUUACACAAAACGACCACUAUACACCGUCUCCUCCGGCGACCUUGGCGUGUCUGCACCGGAAUGCGAACGUGCUCUCAUUGACAUCCUUGGUCUGGCUACAUGUUGGAAUGCAAUCCUCCUCCUCAUUGAUGAAGCGGACGUCUUCUUGGAACAACAAAGCAACCACGAUUUGAAGCGCAAUGAUCUCGUGUCAGUCUUUCUUCGACUCCUCGAAUAUUAUGAAGGCAUUAUGUUCCUUACAUCAAACCGCAUGAAGGCCUUCGAUACUGCUUUCAAAUCUCGCAUUCACCUUGCGAUCAACUAUCCGAGGUUGUCUGGGCCUUCCCAGCGGGAGCUUUGGCUUACUUUUCUGACAAAUGAUUCCCAACGCUCAACACCUUCAUGGUUGACGGAAUCUACUCUUCAAGACCUAACUGAAAAAGGGCUGAACGGUCGAUAAAUCAAGAAUGCUGUGCGCAUCGCAAGCGCCCUGGCAUUAGCCGACGAUGGUAGAAACAUGCAAUCGGAGGACAUAUAUAUGAGUGUGAGGAUGAUGAAUGAAUUCGAAGCUGACUUUUCCGCAGGCAGUCAGGACCAGCAAACGGCAGAAUCUUCUUCUGGGUCCAACUACCAAGCUCAGGAAGAUCAAACAUCCGCAGAUUCUGGGCGUGGUUUGAAGAGACGGAGGAUCGAUUGAGCCCAAAGUGUAUGCCCCUUGUAGUUGAGUAGACGAGUACGAGAAGCCAAGGUCAGCUUUCUUUUUAUUGGAAUAGACAGAUUCGCGCCUACGUUGAAUAUUUGGACUUUCUUAGCAGUUUAUUGCAUUCAAUCAUCGUCAGCUUUACUGGGAGCUCUGCCAAAUCUCAGCAAGAUACACUCGAAAUGGUUACACAGUCCCAAAACUCUAAGCAGCCCCAUGAUCUUUGUACGGAAAUGACAAUGAG